GUCGGCGGUCUUGGGGUUGGGGAUUCUUAACCUCCCUUCCUCGACUUCAAUUCUUCUCUGCUUUCUACGGUAUUCUUGCUGACCUUGGACCCUCGCUUUACCUCUGUACUGAUAUGAUUUUUUAAUAUCGACGCUCGUUGUUGAGAACAUCGCUCGCUCGUUCCCGGCCACAUCGUAUUCGCUGCAGAUAUUCUUCGAAAUCCCUCGCAAUUGACCUCGCUAAUCAAUUUCUAAACCGAUCACAAAAUGCCUUCCCUCAAACUAUCGGCAGCCGUGUUGGCCACAGCACUCUUCUCCAUGAGCGUUUCACAAGUCACAUACUGGAUCGACCCAACUAGCGUGCCAUUAUCUACAAGACAACAAUGGUGUACAUCUCAGCAGACAUCUUGCCCUUUGCUCUGCUUGCAACUCCCGGGCUCCUCUUCUACAACAGCUACUAAUGACUGCAAUCCUAAUGACCUUACAUAUGACUGCAUUUGUGGGAAUGGCCAAAGUCCGAAUGCUUCAGAAUACUCGCAAACUCUUCCGUACUUCAUAUGUCAGACCUAUGGGGACCAAUGCGUGGCAGCAUGCAAUGGGGUCACAACAUGCCAGAGUGCUUGCAGAGACCAGCACCCCUGCGGUGCCCAGAACCCGACCAGGGUCAAUUCCACGUCGUCUUCCACCAUGGCAUCAACAACACUUCCUGCUGGUGCUACAACCGGAGCGGGUGGCGUUGUCUACACUGGGCUCGGUGGGGGCGCUGCAGCCACGGCAACCACAGGUGCGAGCUCCAACAAGAAGAGCGGCGCCCAAGCUGCCCUGGAUCUUGGACGCAACUAUGGUCUUGCUGUCAUAUUCGGCGGUAUCUUCGCUGGAUUUGCCCUGGUCAUGUAAGACGAAAUCUUGAUCGUCUUAUUGGGGUAUUUGGACGCAUGGGUUACACGCCUCCCCCAUGAUGUUUGGCGUAGCGAUCGGUUUGAAAACGUCCUGUCCCUUAGCAUUUGAGCGGUUCUUGCACAUAGCGAUUGGAGAUGAGAGGAUUGGUCCUCUUUCUACUUAAUGCAAUACUCUAAUGAGUGAAGAAAAGGUUGUCCCCGCCGGUGGCACAAAUACCA